AUGGUUGAUCAAGGAAGCAACAUGAAUCUUAGUAUGGAGAGCUCAAACAAUUCACAUAGGUUGAUGGCAUCUAACACUAAUGCAACUCAGUGUCACUCUUACAAGGACCAAAUGCACGUAACACCAGAGACUAGGGCUUGCGCUUCAUCAAGUCAGCCCUUUGCGAGAACUGUUUUAAGAGCACAAAGUGUAUCUCAGGAAGCAUCAGCUGGUGUCUUUGCUUCAAAGUCUCUCAUAGACCCUUCACUUGUGAAAAAUACAUAUGGGGGUUUAAGUUCAUGCGGUGCCCAUCUUGGGCAUCCAAAUUUUGGUAACCAGCAACCAAGUGAUGGAUGCCUUCAAAGAAAAUCUGAAUCUCUAUCUGGUUCAGAAGCUAGGGGUCAUUCAGCUGCAUUGGUGCAACCUGCUCUAGAAAAUCAUAAUAGGAAUGGAGGUGCACACAAGGGCCCUCGGAUAGCCAACGUCGUGCAUCGAUUUAAGAGCAUAGUUGAACCUUUGGAAAUUGGUAUUGUGCUAUAUGGGAGGUUGUGGUCCUCAAGCCAAGCAAUCUUCCCAAAAGGGUUCAGGAGCAGAGUAAAAUACUUAAGCAUCGUGGAUCCAACACAAAUGGCGUACUACAUAUCUGAAAUAUUAGACGCCGGACCGCAGGGACCUCUGUUUAUGGUGACUCUGGAAAACUGUCCAGGUGAACUUUUUAUCAACGUCUCACCUACCAAGUGCUGGAGCAUGGUCCGUGAGAGGCUGAAUAUGGAGAUACGGAGGCAACUCAGUAUGGGAAGAGCUAACCUUCCUGCACUACAGCCACCAGGAUCAGUUGAUGGUUUUGAAAUGUUUGGGUUGUUGUCACCGUCAAUAGUUCAGGCAAUCGAGGCACAGGACAGAGAUCACAUCUGCACAGAGUUCUGGAGAUCCAGGCGCCAUAUUGUCACUGAAGAUCGUGACAGUCGGCAGAUGGCGCCACUUCAGGCUCAGGGUCCACUGCAUGCACUAAGGGAGCUGUUCCAGCGAGCCAACCGCAAUGAGCUGCUAGCCCUACGGAGUCUACUGGUGAGCAACAGCAGUCUGGACGACUUCUCCAGGCGGCAGGCUGCCCAAAUCCUCGACGAGGAGAUGGCCAAGCAGUGGCGCUGA